CGCCGCCCGCCCCUUCCGCCUCUGCCGCCGCCGCCAUCGCCGCGCCGCCCGCUCCGCCGCGCCAUGUCGUCCCACAAGACGUUCAAGAUCAAGCGCUUCCUCGCCAAGAAGCAGAAGCAGAACCGGCCCAUCCCGCAGUGGAUCCGCAUGAAAACCGGCAACAAGAUCAGGUACAACUCCAAAAGGAGACACUGGAGAAGGACCAAACUGGGCUUGUAAGAGAGACUGUCUGCUGGGAACUCUAAUAACACUUGUCUUUCUGCAUCAGAUUGGUACAUCCCUCACACUGUUCAGUGGCUUUCAUAGCAAUUCCUUCUGUCGUGUUGGACUGCAGUGUCCAUUUCUUAACAUCUGAGGCCAGCUUAUGAUGCUAAGAGAAAAUUGUAAAGUAAUUUUGUAUCUGAAACAAGAAGACUGUGUUCUAUUAGUGUUCUUUUGUACAGGGCUCAUAUGUAUUGACAGUAUGCAGGCUUGUUAAUAAAUAUGCACCUGAAUGAUCUAA